AUGCUGCUUCCCGCAAUCUUCAUAGCAGCGCUCGCGGGCCUUGCGCAGGCCAAGAUAUACAACACCCGGUUCAAUGGAACCACUUGGGACGAUGAGAGCUGGCGCAUCACUACCACUGUCCUCGAUCAGGGACACUAUCAAUCUCGCAUGUCGCUGGCAAAUGGAUAUCUAGGCAUCAACCUCGCAGCUGUGGGACCGUUCUUCGACUACGACGAGCCGGUGAAUGGAGACAACAUCCAAGGCUGGCCACUUUUCGACAGACGGCAGAGUUUUGCGACCAUCGCCGGUUUCUGGGAUUCGCAGCCUACCACAAAUGGAACCAAUUUCGAGUGGCUGAAUCAAUACGGUGGCGAGAGCGUCAUCAGUGGGGUGCCACAUUGGGCUGGUCUGCACGUCCAGGUUGGGGAGGAGGUUUUGGAUGCGAAAGUGCCUGCUGACCAGAUUUCGAACUUCAACUCAACUCUCGAUGUGAAGCAUGGCGUGCUAUACUGGAACUACGAGUGGAAGCCUACCUCCAGUCCCGCUAUCGCUGUGGAGUACUCCAUGUUUGUGCACAAGCUGCAUGUCAACAUCGGCGUUGUGCGAGUGAGGUUGACGGCCUCGGAGCAUGUCAAUGCUACAGUCAUUGAUCUCUUGAAUGGUGACUGUGCUGUACGAUCCACGUUCGUGGACAAGGGAUAUUCUCCUGAAGAUGCUGCGGUUUGGACUGCAGUUCAUCCCGAUGGCCUACCAGACAUCAAAGCCUACAUCAGCUCAGCCUUGAUUGGUGACGAGUCUUGUGAUGCGGCUAGCCGCAAGCAAGUUGAUGUGGAAUCCAUUCUCGGCGGCAACAGCUCUUCGAUCGCACAGUCCAUGUCUGUCGCGCUCGUUGGAGGACAGCCUUCUUACAUCACCAAGUAUGUUGGUGGGGCAUCCAGCGAUGCAUUMGACGACCCAAAGUCAACAGCAUCGGAUGCUUCAAUGAAAGCAUGGAAAGAAGGGUACGACUGUUUGCUCGCGACUCACUCCGAGGAAUGGAGAACUGUCAUGCCGGACGACAGCGUGGAUGACUUCCGCGAUACGGAUGGAUCUCUUGACUUCGACCAGGACGUCCUGGAACUUCACAUCACUGCAAGAACCAACCCAUUCCAGCUUCUACAGAAUACAGUCAGUGCGAAUGCUGUUGCUGCCGUCGGGAACAACGCAAAGAUCGACACAAACAGCAUCAGCGUCUGUGGUCUUGGGGGCUCAUGCUACGCGGGCCUCGUCUUCUGGGAUACUGAAGUCUGGAUGCAGCCCGGACUGGUAGUAUCUUUCCCUCAAGCGUCUAAACAGAUCGCCAAGUUCAGAGUCGAAAAGUAUCGACAGGCCCAAGCUAACAUCUUGACUGCCUAUCAAUCGAGUCAGAACGAGACUGGCAAGUUCUCGCCAUCUGGAGCAAUCUAUCCAUGGACUAGCGGACGCUUCGGCAAUUGCACGGGAACUGGUCCCUGCUUCGACUAUCAAUACCAUUUGAACGGAGACAUUGCAUUGGAGUUUCAAAACUAUUGGAUUGUGACUGGAGAUACCGAGUACUUCCAGAAGGAGUUGUUUCCCAUCUACCAGUCCUUCGCAUACAUGUACUCUGAGCUGGUGGAUUUCAACAAGACUACUGGUUUGUACGAACUGUAUAACGCUACGGAUCCGGACGAGUACGCCAACUUCCAGAAGAAUGUCGGAUUUACCAUGGUGUUGAUGUCAAGCCACUUGAAUAGCACCAACGAACUCCGAGAGAGGUUUGGCAUGGAACCCAACGCUACCUGGACGAACAUUUCAUCUUUGAUCACAAUCCCCGUUUCGAAUGAAGCCAACAUCAUUCUUGAGUAUGYCAGCCAGAACGGUAGCAUCACGGUCAAGCAAGCCGAUAUCGUUCUCAUCGAUGACUUCCUACAGUACCCCAAUCCAUACUCAUUGAGCAACUUGGACUACUAUGCAAGCGCUCAGUCUGCGGAUGGUCCUGCCAUGACAUAUGGUGUUUUCAGCAUCGUUGCCAACAGGGAGAGUCCGUCAGGCUGCUCCUCGUACACCUAUGAUUUGUAUGGUUCGCAGCCAUAUACACGCGGUCCUUGGUUCCAGUUCAGCGAACAACUCAUUGAUGACUGGACUGUCAACGGAGGCACCCACCCAGCUUUUCCUUUCUUGACUGGUGUUGGAGGAGCCAACCGCGUGGCCAUCUUCGGAUACCUUGGUCUUCGAUUGUCGAUCGAUAGCUUGAACAUCGACCCAUCUUUGCCACCGCAGAUUCCCAACCUGUCCUAUCGAACAAUAUACUGGCAAGGAUGGCCUAUCAAGGCUGUGUCAAACUCCACCCACACUACCUUGACUCGCCUUGAAGGCUCUCUUCCAGAGGCCAACAGCACUUUCGCUGAUACUGCUAUCCCUAUCACAGUAUCCCUCGAAGGCACUGAUCUGUACAUGUUGGAGCCGAAGGGCACUUUGACGAUCAAGAACCGUCAGAUUGGAGAAACAAAGACUGUACCAGGCAACCUCGCGCAAUGUCGACCUGUGACGACCGAAAAUGAUUACGUGCCAGGUCAAUUUCCCCUCAGUGCUGUUGAUGGAGCAGUUAGCACUUCCUGGCAACCAUCCUCCGCGAACAUCACCUCUUCCAUUACAGUCGAACUACCACAGCCAUUCACACUCGUGACGGGACUCUACUUCGAUUGGGCCCAAGAUCCACCCACCAGUUACCGCGUAACAUUCCACAAUCUGAGCGAUACCACUUCCGUACCUCCCGUGGAAGUUUCUUCCAGCGACAAUGUACGCAUCAACGAACCUUUUGAUGUCGAGCAAGCUUUUGUCAUUCGUCCAUACAGCUCCAACUCUACCAACGUCACGUUGGACCAGCCCAUAUGGAGCGCGAGAUAUGCGACGCUGUCUAUCACUGGCAAUCAGGCGAAUAAGGGAACAGAGAAUGAGAGUAAUGGUACCGGAGCUACAGUCUCUGAGUGGGGAUUGAUUGCUGCUAGGGGAGAGGAUUUGGUGGUGAGGAGUAUGCUGGUUUGA